AUGAGUAGCCGUCUGAAUCGGCAGCAGAAGGAGGCAGUACAGCAAUUCGUGGCGAUCACAGGCACGAGCGACCGGGGGGCACUGGCGGCCCUGCGGGCGAGCGAGUGGAACAUGGAGCUCGCCUUCGACCUCUUCUACUCCUCCUCCACCUCGGGUCAGCAGCUGAGGGCGUUGGGGCGCUCUGCUGCUCCUAAAGUGGACCCUCGGCAGCUGGAGCAUCUGUUUCUCAGAUACAAAGACCCUCACUGCGAUCUAAUUCUCGUGGAUGGCAUUUCAAAGCUCUGUGAAGACCUCGAGGUGGAUCCUCAAGACAUUGUCAUGCUAAUACUAUCAUGGCACUUCAAGGCAGCGACCAUGUGUGAAUACUCCAAGGAGGAAUUUAUGCAAGGCAUGCAACGACUGGGUGUCAGUAGUGCGGGCGAGCUCAAGGCAAGGUUGCCGGCACUGCGAUCAGAAAUUAACGACGACCAUAAAUUCAGGGAGAUUUACAACUUCUCCUUCGACUGGGCAAAGGAGAAGGGUCAGAAGUCUCUGGCAUUCGACACGGCCAUAGGCAUGUGGCAGCUGCUGUUCACAGCGCGGCCUUGGCGAUUCGUCGAGCACUGGUGUGAAUACCUCCAGAUGAAACACAACAAGGCCAUUUCUCGAGACACGUGGCAACAGCUAUUAGAGUUUACCAAGAUCACCGAUCCAUCGCUCUCAUCGUACGAUGAGGAGGGAGCGUGGCCAUACCUCGUGGACGAGUUUGUGUCGCACCUAAGGGAGGAAGGGGUGGUGCCUAGCAAGCCUGAUGCUGCUUAG